AUGGUCAGGAUCUUGUGCCUCCAUGGAAACCGACAGACGGCGGAGAUCUUUGAGCACCAGCUGAACAAGCUCUGCGGGGCCCUCUCCGGCGUUGCGGAGCUCCACUUUGUGGAUGCCCCUUGCGUCCUCGCAGGCGACAAGGUGGACGGUGACGCGGUGGCUACGCGCUCGUGGUGCGAGCCAAAGGGUGACGGCACCCGAGACAUGUACGCGGCGGGGGACGACUUGCUGCGGCGCUGCAUGACCGCGGGCGGCACCCCGUACGAUUUCCUUCUAGGCUUUUCCCAGGGGGGACUCCUCGCGGCUCGCUACGUGAUUCUGCAGCGCUUGAACGGGGCGAGGGAGUACGGACCGCCCGUGAAGGGCGUUAUUCUGGCGGCGUCGCCGGACCCGCGCCGUGUCUUCCCAGAGUUGGUGGCUUCGUACCUUCAACACGCGCCGCCGCAUGACGGCGGCAGAAGCGGCUUUUUGGGCGCCGUGCCCUCGUUGCAUAUCGUUGGGAGGAAGGACACCAUUGUGGACCCGGCGGAGAGUGCCUCCUUCGCGGAGGCGUGCAAGCCAGAGUCGGAACUCCUCUUCCACGACCACGCCCACAGCAUCCCGCAGCUGCAGAAAGUCAUGCUGACCGUAAAGUCCUUUAUCGGGCGCGCCGCUGCCUCUGCGGAGGAACAAGCUGCGGCUAACAGAGAGGAGGGGGCGGAUGAGAAUGAUCGUAAUAGUAGCGUUGAGGAUGAUGCGGAGAGCGGGUCGCUCGCUGCGGCACGCGAGGAGGAGCUGGAGAUGGUGUCAUCCAUGUAUGGCGAGGAGUGUGUGCAGCGCCGUGCGACCCCAGUAGUGUUUUUGCCGCUUCUGCUUGACGGGGUCUCGGAUGCCGCGACAGACGCCCCCCUCUCCGCCCUGCGGCUCUGCAUGACUCUGCCGAGAAGGUACCCGGCGGAGCUGCCCAAGUUAGAAGUGGUUGGCGGUCCGGCAGACCAUCACGUCGCUUUUGAGCGCUGGAAGCUGCAGCUGCUCGCCAGCACCCUCGCGUUCCUGCGGGAGGAUUUGGGUGCCGGCAACGCCAUGCUCCUCCCAGCGAUGAUGUUCGCCGGUGAACAGGCGGCGGGCGACGUGGCUUUUCUGCGGUCGGUGAUGUCUGCCAAGGCGGGGGCCUCCGCUGCGGCCGAGGGCUCUGCGGCGCAGCACCCGCAGGAGAGGAGCGCAUGGUGGGACGCCAACGCCGAGUCCGAGUCCGAGGACCGAGUGGCGUGUAUUGUGGAGGCCGAAGGGCGCGCGCAGCGGGUGCUUGAGGAGACGACGUCACCGCAGGCGUCAAACGAGCCAGCGGCCGACGUUGCGGACGGCCGUGGCGCGACUUCACGGGGCGGGGUGCUGGAGCUGACCAUUGGCCUCAUUGGAAAGCCGUCGGCGGGGAAGAGCACAUUUUUUAACGCCGUGACGGAUCCAGAGAGUGAGAGCAGGGCCGCCAGGGUGGCCGCCUUUCCCUUCACCACCAUUGAGCCUAACGUGGGUGCCGGCUUCGGUGCCGUCUUCUGCCCGUGCUGCAUGCUGCCAACUUCGUCCGCGCAGUGUGACGCCAUGUACGGCCAUGUGCCGGUUGCCGGGGCGCUGUUGCGCAGACACCCGGUGGUCAUCAAGGACGUCGCCGGCCUCGUGCAGGGCGCGUACAAGGGCAAGGGCAGGGGCAACCAGUUCCUCAACGACCUGUGCGAUGCGAAUGUGCUUGUGCACGUCGUGGACGGGGCGGCUGCGACCAACGCUGACGGAUCCGCAUGCCCGCCAGGAACGGGCUCCACGUGUGACGACAUCGCGUGGGUGCGUGCGGAGGUUCACAGCUGGAUUUACGACAACCUUCGGGCGAAGUGGGGCGGCCUCCGGAGGAAGCCGGAGAAGCUGCGAACGAUGUUCACAGGCUACCGAAGUCCCCCCUCCUUCGUGGAUGGGGUACUGCGACGCCUAGGCAUCACCGGCGAGGCGGAGCUGAUGAGUCACCUGCCUGCAUGGGGCCCAGCUGAGCUGCAUCAUCUUGUCGCGCUCUACGUGCGUCUGCGGUUUCCGAUCGUCGUCGCGCUGAACAAGUCGGACGUGCGGUCUGUGGCCGGGGAGUUGCACGCCGAGCUGCGGCGGCGCUACCCCCACGAGACUUUUGUGCCGAUGUCCGCAAAGGUGGAGUGCCAACUGUUGCGACUGCGGCACAAGGGCCUUGUGCACUACGUCUCUGGGGACGGCGCCUUUCAAGCGACUCACGACGGCGGCGGCAAAAAGUGUGUCGCGAGCCCCACGGAUGCAAGGGCGCUCGCCAACGUACGCCACUUCUUUGACUCCGCCGGCACCGCCGCGACAACUGGGGUGCAGGAGGUGAUGGCCGCCGCGCUUCAGCGCUGCCCCCUGGCGCUGGUGUUCCCCACCGCCGCGCUGACGCCGCCGCUGCCCUCCCUGAGAAACUGCUUCGUGUUCGGCGCGGGCAGCACCGCCGGGGAGGUGUUUGAGGCCCUCCUGCACGCAAACUUGCUGGAAGGGAAACUCGUGCGGUUUGAGGCGCUCUGCGUGGAGCGGGCGUGCGAGGGCCGCGAGCCUGCGUCUCUCAAGAAGGACGCCGCGCUGCCGGGACGACACGUGUUGGUGCGUGUCCUGACAAACAAACGGCAGCUGGCCGUCUGA